UCAGGCGGAAGUGUUCUAGUUGAUGCUGCAUGUUUGAACACUGGUGAGCCAAGAUGGCAGAAUACCUGGCAUCCAUUUUUGGGACAGAGAAAGAUAAGGUCAACUGCUCUUUUUAUUUCAAAAUUGGUGCCUGCCGUCAUGGCGACCGCUGCUCCAGGUUACACAACAAGCCAACAUUUAGUCAGACAAUUGCCCUGCUGAAUAUCUACAGGAACCCUCAGAACAGUGCCCAGUCUGCCGAUGGUCUGACCUGUACCAUCAGUGAUAUGGAGAUGCAGGAGCACUAUGAUGAGUUUUUUGAGGAGGUCUUCACAGAGAUGGAGGAAAAGUACGGUGAGGUGGAGGAAAUGAACGUGUGCGACAACCUGGGCGAUCACCUUGUCGGCAACGUUUAUGUGAAGUUCCGGAACGAGGAGGAUGCUGAGAAAGCUGUGAUAGACCUGAAUAACCGGUGGUUUAAUGGACAGCCCAUCCACGCUGAGCUCUCUCCCGUCACCGACUUCAGGGAGGCCUGCUGUCGCCAGUAUGAGAUGGGGGAGUGCACCCGUGGUGGUUUCUGUAACUUCAUGCACCUGAAGCCCAUCUCCCGCGAGCUGAGGAGAGAGCUGUACGGACGCCGCAGGAAGGGCCGCCACCGGUCCAGAUCGAGAGAACGGCGGUCCCGCUCGAGGGACAGAGGCCGAGGGGGCGGCCGCGACCACGAGAGACGGCGCUCCAGAGACAGAGAGCGCUCGGGACGAUUCUGAGCCACAAGCCACGACUCCUCUCUCCCCAAAUCCAUCCCCAUCUUUUUUUUUAAGUUUGUAUUCUGUCAGAUCUGUUCUGAGAAUAUCAGAAAGGUGCCCAGUUUUUAAGCUGUGAAAGCAUCGAGGGACUCAUUUU